AUGGCUUUCCGUGCGGCAUGGCUCGUUGCUCUCUUCCUCUUUGCAUUACUUGCGCAGGCUAUCCCUGCUCCCCUCGAGGCGCGUCAGGCCGCGGUGCUUCCUGAGAACGAUGCCUUCUACGUGCCCCCGGAAGGUUACGAAAAGGAGGCUCCCGGAACCAUCCUCCGAUCUCGCAAAGUUCCUCAGCCAAUUGCCGCAUUCGGUGCCUUCAAGAUCAAUUUUAAUGGCACAUAUCAACUGCUGUACCGAUCAAACGACAAUUCUGGCCAGCCAACAGCCACAGUUACGACUGUGCUUGUUCCUCACGGAGCUGAUCUCACCAAGGUCUUGUCAUAUCAGGUCGCCGAAGAUGCUGCAUCCAUCAACUGCGCCCCAUCCUAUGCCCUCCAGCUCAGUUCUGACACUGGCGGCCUUGGAGGCACGAUUGUUACUCAAAUGGAACUUCUUGUCAUGGUCGCUGGGUUAGAGAAAGGAUGGGUUGUUGUCGUCCCCGAUUUCGAGGGCCCCAAGGGUGCCUUCCUAGCAAAUGUUCGCGCUGGAAAUGCAGUUCUCGAUGGUAUCCGCGCGGCGCUGGCUUCGACCAGCACUACUGGAAUUGAUCCCAAGGCUCGUGUUGUGAUGUGGGGGUAUUCCGGAGGGAGUUUGGCAAGUGGUUUCGCUGCCGAGAUGCAGCAAGCAUAUGCUCCCGAGCUUAAUAUCGUCGGUGCUGCUUUGGGAGGUACUGUUCCCGCGGUCGGGCCUGUCAUUGAUGCUAUCAACAAAUCUCUUUUCACCGGCCUUAUUCCCGGUGGUAUUAUUGGCCUUGGGAACGAAUACCCAAUAAUCCGAGCCGUCGUCGACGACCAGUUGGUGAAUACAACGAAAGCAAAGUUCCUGAAGGCCGAAAAACAAUGCUUCGGUGCCAAUAUAGUUACAUAUUCCAUGAACGAUAUCUACUCGUAUUUCAAGGACCCAUCGCUCCUCAAGGCAGACUUUAUUCAGGAAAUCCUCAAGUUGAAUUCGAUGGGCAAGACUGGACCAAAAAUACCCGUGAUGAUUUAUAAAGCGAAAAACGAUGUCAUCAGCCCGCUUAAUGAGACCGAAGCCAUCUUCGACACCUACUGUAGCCAAGGAUCUGACGUCGAAAUGAGAAUUGAUCAAAGUGGAGACCAUGCUUCCACCAUGAUUACUGGAGCACCGCAGGCUCUGAUUUGGCUUGACGAGCGCCUACGUGGUAUUCCUUUCCGAAAGGGAUGUUCUAGAACCACGCAAUUGGCCGGACUACUCGAGCCAGACGCGAUGAAGGUCCUAUCGCUUACUCUCAUCCGGGCCUUCCUUAACAUUUUGGGUAAGCCGAUUGGUGAACGGUUGAUUGGCUAG